AUGAAAUGGAAGAACCAUAACAAGAGGAGUACUGGAUUUGUUGAGAAAUGGGAGAGAGACUCCAUGGCUCCCAUUUGUGAAACUUUUGCAAUCGAUGUUAAUGUCGAUCUUGACAGAUACUCUAAGGUCGUUAAGAAAGGAGACACCCUUUUUCUUGGUCAGUACCUCUUUACUGGAAGUGAAACAUCUGUCUGGUUGGAGGUUUUCGAAGUGAAAGGAGAUGAUGUUGGUUGUGUGGUAAAGAACUCUGCCACGUUGGCUCGACAAUUUCUUUCUAAGCUAGGUGACCUUAACCAAACUCAAAUAUUUGCAAAGAUUGAAAGUGUAGAGGUGUUUUUGUUUCAGAAAACUGCCCUUUAUAGAUGUAAUAUGGCUGGAAAGCCUGCUGUUUUAACUCGUGUGGUAGACAGCAUGACUAACAACUUGAGACCUACACGUGCAGUAGCUACUGAUGUUGCCAAUGCUGUACUUGAUGGAAGUGAUGCAAUUCUUCUUGGGGCUGAGACAUUGUGUGGAUUACAUCCAGUAGAAACCGUUUCAACCGUUAGUAGAAUAUGUGCUGAGUUGCAACAAUUUUUUCAAUUUCUGGAAAUCGAGUUUGAUAAUGUUUUGCUGGAAAGAAAGGAGCUCCAAAAACAAUUCCAGGCUGCUUUGAAGGAGCAUAAGAUGAUGGAAUUGAUGUUGGACGAACUUGAAAUGAUACAUGAAAAGGCAACCAACAAGAUUGCACUCUUAGAAAGUGAGGUAAUGGCCUAUCUAUCUCCUGUACUAAAUGUUAUAAAUUACAUUAUGGAUGGGUGGAACUGA